GCUCAUUGAACGAACAUGGCGGCGACUCCAGCAACAAACCCGUCUCAGCUGCUCCCGCUCGAGCUUGUGGACAAAUGUAUCGGCCGAAUUCACAUCGUCAUGAAAACAGACAAAGAGAUCGUCGGCACCCUGCUGGGUUUCGACGACUUUGUCAACAUGGUCCUGGAAGAUGUCACAGAAUUUGAAAUCACACCAGAAGGACGAAGAAUAACCAAACUGGACCAGAUCCUCCUCAACGGCAACAACAUCACCAUGCUGAUCCCGGAGGAGAAGGCCCUGAAGUCUGAGAAUCAUCACCGAAGGCCGACACGGUUUUGUGUUUCGAUUUAUGCUUUUUGUUUUGUUUGUAUUUUUGAUUUCGGAUUAUUCCUUCUCGAUCUCGAGGGAGGAAAAUAUUUUUGUAAGAUUCCUAAUUGAGUAUUUGUUGUAAAAAAGGUUAAAUCAGAAGCGUAUGAGUCACAUGAGCAUUUUUUUUUUUUUUUUUACAAAUAAAUGUGAAUCACACAA